AUGGCCACGAUCCAGGCCAUCGAGGCCAAAUCCGUGCACCAGAUUCAGUCCGGUCAAGUCAUUGUUGACCUGUGCUCGGUCGUAAAAGAGCUGGUUGAGAACAGUCUCGAUGCUAGCGCAACGUCCAUCGAAGUACGCUUUAAGAACCAUGGUCUUGAUGCCAUUGAAGUGCAAGACAAUGGCUCCGGCAUCAACCCCUCCAACUACGGAAAUGUCGCUCUGAAGCACUAUACUUCAAAGCUAUCGAAUUACGACGAUUUAUCAUCACUCGAGACUUUUGGAUUUCGUGGUGAGGCCAUUUCCUCGCUAUGCGCGCUAUCUACAUUCUUCAUCAAAACGGCGCAGGCCACUGAAGCGCCCAAAGGCACUCGUCUAGAAUUUGAUUCGAUGGGAGCGCUGAAGAAAACGUCGACUGUAGCCUGCCAGAAAGGAACCAUCGCCACUGUGGAAAAUCUCUUCAGCUCUCUCCCUGUACGUCGUAAGGAGCUUAGCAAGAAUAUUAAGAGAGAGUAUGGCAAAGUUAUUGGUCUCUUACAAGCAUACGCUUGUAUUGGCGUAGGCGUCAAGUUCACUAUCAAGAACACAGUGCCGAAAGGUAAAAGCAUGGUCAUAUUCUCCACCAAAGGCAACACAACCACAAGGGAUAACAUAGCCAACGUCUAUGGCGCGAAGACAUUGCCAGCCCUGGUGGCGCUUGAUCUGAGCCUCGACAUUGAGCCUCAUUUGACACAGGCGGUAACUUCUGACGCAGCGAAGACGAAUGUCGUGGUUCUUGGCCAUAUCUCGAAACCUGUCUUUGGCGAAGGUCGACAGACGCCUGAUCGGCAGCUGUUUUUUGUGAAUGGCAGGCCGUGCGGACUUCCUCAGAUCGCCAAGGCCAUCAACGAGGUUUACAGAUCGUUCAAUGUCUCCCAAUCUCCUUUCAUUUUUGCAGACUUUCGGAUGGACACGAAUGCCUAUGAUGUGAACGUUUCACCUGAUAAGCGAACGAUUCUGCUCCAUAACGCUGUGAGUCUGAUUGAACGAUUGAAGGCCCGCUUGACGGAACUCUUCGAUAACCACGAGCAAACCGUUCCGCAAAGCCAGUUUCAGACUCCUAAGCUGCCCGCUUUCCGCCAGCUGUCUGUUCAAAGGUCACAGGAUUCCAUCACUGGAAGCGAUGAUUCAGGGCUUUUAUCCACCGCGUCGAAGAUGUCCUUGCUGCAAGAUGAAGGCAGUAGUAUUGACGAAGAGGCGGAGACCGGAGAAGGACCAGUGCCUGGAAGAGCAUUUGCUGACCACUUCCGUAACCAAGCCAGCACUCGAGAAGGAAUUGACGAGCCAGCCAGCGAAAAGAGGCAAGCGAGAAUUGAGCAGGAUCAGCAGAAGCGCGCCGAAAAAGCAGCCAAAGCCGUUGCGGAACAGGUGGAGCGCAGCAAAGGUGUUGAAGAAUAUGAUGACAUACGUGAGAUGCAGCACGAGCAAAGCAGCAACGUUGCAUCGAAGGACGAGCUCGGUAAUGGUGACGACCAGGCUGAGAUGUUCCAGCGACAGCGUGAAAUACACUCGCCGGAAGAGCAAGCAGCGAAUGAAGCUCCAAUUGCUUCGAUGGCCCCGAUCACCAAGUCGGAUCCUCCGGGUCUGGUCCAAAACGCUUUCGAUCGAAUGAGGCCUAAAAGACCACAGGCUCAACUGGCCACCAUCACGAUUGGAGAUGAAACUACGACGAGAGUUGUAGGAACACAGCUGCCUAGGAUCCCCCAAGCUAAGAAACAAGUAUCGAAGCACAAAGGAGGUAUUCCGGUAUCAAGAGAUUCGAACUCGGCGCUAUCGCAGUUCUCUCAGAGGCUGCAAAGGUUCGGCGCGGCUGAAACGGAGGACGAUCCACAGCCAUUAUCGGAAGAGGUCUCCAAGGACAUCGAGAUCGAGUCGGAGGAAAAUAACACAGAGGCAGAGGCAGCCGACACUUCUGUUGAUGCUUCUACCGACGAUUCUGCCGAGGAAAGUGACGUUGAAGACGGCGACAAACUGGCUGCCGAACAUUCAGAUGAUAUAUCAGUGGCUGAAGAAGCUGACCCUGACUAUAUUGAUGACGAGGACAAAAAGAUUGACGAAGACGCACGAGUAGCUGCAUUGAUACAGGCAGCGGAAGAGACCAUGAGCAAGGUUAACAGCCAACGAGCAAGUAAAGCUCUGAAAGGCGGCGUCGCCAAAGAUUCGACUCACAGCCUCCUUACGACUGUCGAUGUGUUCGUUGAGACUCUAGAAUCACAGAUGCGCACCUUAGCUGGCGUUCAGACGCUGGAGGAUGAUGCUAUACUCCGCAACGACGCCUGUCGUAUUGCAACCGACGAAGAGCAAGAAACACGACUAUCACUUACAGUGUCCAAGGCAGACUUUGCGGAGAUGAAAAUUGUAGGACAGUUCAAUCUUGGCUUCAUCAUUGCCGUCAGACAUGCAUCAGCGGAUGCGCCGGCCCGCGACAAAGAUGAGCUGUUCAUCGUCGACCAACACGCAUCCGACGAAAAGUUCAACUUUGAAAGGCUACAGGCUGAGACGACCGUAGGCAAUCAGAGAAUGGUCAAGCCGGUCACUCUCGAUCUCACAGCGGUUGAGGAAGAGAUUGUGCUGGAAAAUCAACCAGCUCUGGAGAAGAAUGGUUUCAUCAUCGAAGUCGAUACGAGUGGCAUUCAGCCGGUUGGGCGUCGUUGCACACUCCUGAGCCUACCUUUGAGCAAGGAAGUGGUGUUUGACACACGCGACCUCGAUGAGCUGAUCCACCUGCUCUCAGAGGCACCGAUGCUAGGUCCAGAAUCUACGGUUCCACGUCCCAGCAGGGUUCGGAAGAUGUUCGCCAUGCGAGCGUGCCGCUCAUCGAUCAUGAUUGGCAAGACACUCAGCAAAAAGCAAAUGAAGACGGUGGUCAGCCACAUGGGAACCAUUGAUAAGCCGUGGAAUUGUCCGCAUGGACGGCCUACAAUGAGGCAUCUGACCAGUUUGAACGGUAUCGAGACAUGGAAUGAGGGUGAUGGUACUAUCCUCGAUGGCGAUGCUGGGCUGGACAACAAGAGCAGAGACAGGGCGCGUGUAUGGGGGAGCUAUCUCUCCCAAACCUGA